UUCUCAAUAUGGCGGAUUUGUCAAAUUUUUACAAUGGAUGGUUAUGUUAAGCCCGUACGUGGGUAGAAGUGAAUUUUCCAGUUGAACUUUCUCUAAUUUGGACAAAGAAAUAGUAAAACCGUAUUUUGGAUUUCAAUGAAAGUCAGUUAGUACUAUUAUGUCUCAAACCCGCGGUCUCUCUCAGUCUAAAGAAGCACUACUAAAAUCGUAUACCAAACGAUUGAAGGACGAUGUAAAAUCCAUAUUAGAUAACUUUACAGAAAUUAUCAAGUCCUCCAAGUUUGAGGAUGAGAGUCAAGUGGCAAGAUUAACUGAAUGUGAACAAGAUGAAAAUGAGUGUAAAGUCAGAGCUGCUAACAUAGUUCGUGCCAGUGAAUCUUUGCUCAAAUUGGUCUCAGACAUUAAAGAGUUUCUGAUUCUUAACAACUUCCCUGGUGUGAACGAAUCAAUUGACAGGAGAUGCAAACAGUUGUAUACAUUACAGAAAGAAAGCCAAAACACAUUGAAUAGUGUUAAAGAAGAUUUAGCUGGUUCAUUAUAUGAACUUGAAGAAGAAUAUUACAAUUCUUAUUGUAAGACAAUUACAAAAUAAAUAAAAUUGUAAAAUACAUGCUGUUUUGUAAGAGCCAUCACAUAUUGUAAAAUUAUGCAAUUGUGCAAGACCUGGAUUUGACUAGAUUUAGCUUCAACCCUAGCUGCCUGUAACUCUGUAUGUAUUGGCAAAUUAGUCUCUCAUUGGCAAGUUAAGCUAAAAAGCUAAAAGUAGUUAGGUUCCUUAUAGGCUUAAAUUUUGUAAAAAACAUAUUUUUGUUAACUGUUGUAUUUAGGUGAAAUAAAUUAAUAGUAAUAAUAACUAUGCGCAAUUUCGCCACUAUGUGACUUCUUUGCACUAUAAAAGGUUGGUGAAGUUAGUAUUGUAAAUUGCAUAGCUAUCUAAAUUAAUUAUCACUAGAUAU